CUUCCUUCCUCCCUUCCUUCCUUCUGCGGUCCAGGGCGGAGAGAGGCUUGGCUGGGCGGGCGGGUGGCUGAGGUCCGGGCAGCUCUUCUUCCUCUGGAGGUCCAGGCAGAAAGGCUUGACUCUCCAUCCCAGCUGAGCUGCCUCUCCCUCGGACUCCCUCCCUGCUUCAACCUUCCUUCUUUUCUUUGCUCGAGACAUCACAACUCCUUCACCUGCGCUCCAGAUGGCUUCCGUAACAGAUGCCAGAUAUGGACACAAGGAUGCUUCCGACCAGAAUUUUGAUUACAUGUUCAAACUCCUGAUCAUUGGCAACAGCAGUGUGGGCAAGACGUCCUUCCUCUUUAGAUAUGCAGAUGACACAUUCACGCCGGCCUUUGUCAGUACAGUGGGAAUUGAUUUCAAAGUGAAAACUGUUUACAGGAAUGACAAAAGAGUAAAACUACAGAUCUGGGACACUGCUGGACAAGAACGAUAUAGGACCAUUACUACUGCCUAUUACCGAGGAGCAAUGGGAUUUAUCCUUAUGUAUGAUAUUACUUGUGAAGAGUCCUUCAAUGCUGUCCAGGACUGGGCCACUCAGAUCAAGACCUACUCCUGGGAUAAUGCUCAAGUCAUUCUGGUGGGGAACAAGUGUGAUAUGGAGGAUGAGAGAAUAAUUCCUAUUGAAAAAGGAAAACAUCUGGCUGAUCAGUUGGGGUUUGAUUAUUUUGAAGCGAGUGCCAAGGAGAACAUCAAUGUGAGACAGGUCUUCGAACGCCUCGUCGACAUCAUCUGCGAGAAGAUGUCGGAGGGCAUGGAUUCAGAAGCUGCGAAGACGGCCGCCGGGAAGAAUGUGCAUCUCAGCUACAAUCCACCUCCGCUGCAGCAGAAGUGCUCCUGUUAAUGCCUCAAAACCUCAUUGGAAGCUCUUAGUGGUUGGAACAGUUCGCCAACCCUUUUAUGCCUAAAUCCACUUUAGUCCCAACUGGAGUAGACCAACUGAAUCAAUACCAAUUACAGAAGCGCUGGUUUAUCAAGUUCCAUUUGAUUCAGUGAUUCUACUCUAAUUGGGACUAGCAAAUGAAUUUAGGUCACAACCUUUUAAAAGAUCUGUUUCUGUAUCACUGAAGCUGGGUUUGUUUGUUCACUGUCCCCCAAAGUCUGUUGUAUUUUGCUUAUUGAAUACAAUGAAAAUGGUGUAAGUGCAGUUAGUGUUCUGGUGAAACGUUAUGCCACGGUUUCAGUGAUCUAACCCGUUGCUGAAUGGUUCUUGAUAUUUUACUUAUAUAGUAAAAUGUAGCAAUGAUGCUAUUCAGUUGAUUGUGUUUGAGCGCAUUCCCCGUACAUACUAACUAGAAGCUGUUAAGAGUUAACUUUGUGACCGUGUUGUUUUGUUUUGAAUAGCUUUAAAAAGUGGAGAGAAGGAAGGGGUGGAAAAGGGUAGUAUUUCUUCAAAUUCUACGAAAGGGCAUAUUUUUAUUUGGAUUUUUUGCCUAAUGAGCAACAGUAUAGCUAGAAUAGCCAGUGUGGUGUAAUAGUCUGAGUGUUGGACUACAACUCUGUGUGCCUUCUAGUCAUUUCUGAGUUAUAGGUUCCUCAGUUGGACUUCCAAUUGGAUUUUCUUGGGAAGAUUUGGUC